AUGACGUGUAAUCUGCUCCUAGCAUGGACCUUCCUGCUGGUUGCCUCUGUUCCACUUCUGGCCCAUCCCAUCACAGACUCUGCAGAGUUGCCUUACUUGGAUCCAUUAUCCGAGGUGGAUGGUGGGGCAGGCACUCCAGAUGAGCAGACAUUCCUGCCCCAGGAUGGUCGUGGACUCAGAUACCCAUCCCUACUGUCAGAGCUCAGCAAACAGGGGCUCAGUACAGCUGGACUACUCCCAAGACAGAUGAAGAGAGAUGUGUUUUUGGACAAACAGAGUCUUGUGAACCCCUUGAGCCGUUACUUUGGCAUCAGAAAGCAGUUCAGGAAGAGAGAAGGCACCUCGGAGUGUUUCUGGAAGUACUGUGUCUAAUACUUUCAAUUGACCUCAUAGAAAUACAUUAACACCAUGACUAUG